GUGCACAGAACUUAAAUAUAUAUUCUAGGAUUAUUCAACUGAAAGAGAGAAAGAGCGUUAUAGAAAUUGCCAAGAAAUAUAACCAUUUCAUCACAUAUUUUAUUACCUUCACCAAACUCUUCAUCUUCUUCUUUGGAUCACUUUUCUCUCUUUUUUGCCUUGGAUUUCAUCCUCUCAAGUGGAAAUAUAUCUGCACAACCAAACAAAACCUUUUGUAAUACUGAACAUGGCUCUGGCAUGGACAUGACAUAGGUUUGGAGUUCAUUUCAAGAAAGUUGGGAUUUUGUUUGGGAGGUUAUUCAAGGUGUACAUUUUGUAUUGCUACAAUAAUUUCUUUUUUCAUAUUUCCUUCCGUGGUAAUGCCCGGCUGUCAAUCAAUGACGACGACGACUUAUGAAGGGGAACAACAUAUCAUUGCUGCAGCUCAGCAUAUUUUGAAGUUAUUGGGAGAAAAUAAGAACCUGACUGGUGACUUUAGACGAGCCCUCACAGAACUGGACUCCCAUUUGUCUGCAAUGACUAUAAUAAAUGAAAGCAAGAGAUGGGGAUUUGCUGAGGUUGAGGAGCAGCUGAAAUGUGCUGAGAGAAAGGUCAUGCGUUGGGAGUCUAAUCCAUCUCUGAUAUGGGAUUCUGGACCCGCAGAGGCUUCUGAGUACAUACAAGCCGUUAAUGAAAUUCACACGGUGAUGGAAACUUUAGGUGGCUUGCCCAUGAAUGACCAUGGGAGGCCGAAGGAACUUGCUUUCCGAGCUCAGUGUGUUCAGCAGAUAGCAAUGUCAAGGCUUGAGGAAGAGCUCUACCACAUUCUUGUUCAACAUAAGCAAUCCUUUGAGCCGAAGAACAUUUAUUUUCCCCCAAGUGUUGAUUUUUUCUAUGAUGAGUCGUUUGUUUCGGUAGAGGAUGAAAUAGUCGAGGAUACAUCACAGAGAGACAACAGUGGAAGAGAAUCUACUGAAUAUACAGUAGAUUUGAUUGAUCCACUUGUGAUUCCUGACAUCAAGUCCAUUGCUAGUGUUAUGUUUGCUUCUGGUUAUGAUAGGGAAUUCUGUGAGGCUUUCAUUGGCAACCGUAAAGAAGCAUUGGAUGAGCAUUUGUCCAACCUUGAAAUUCAGAAACUCAGCAUCGAUGAUGUAUUAAAACUAGAAUGGGAUACCUUGAGUUGUGAAAUUAAGAAAUGGGUGAGGGCUGUGAAAAUCAUCAUUCGGGUCUAUCUUGCUAGUGAGAAACGGUUUUGCAACCAGAUAUUAGGGGAUUUUGGUUCCCUCGAUUCAUAUUGUUUUGUUGAGAUCUCAAGGGCUUCAGUUUUGUACCUAUUGAGUUUUGGUGAAGCCAUAGCAAUGGGACCCUAUAAUCCUGAAAAGUUGUUUCGCUUUCUUGACAUGUACGAGGUUCUGGCAGAUCUUCACCUUGAUAUGGAAGCUUUAUUCUCUGAAGUGGCCAAUUCUUAUGUUACGAGCGAGUUCCAUGACCUUCUUAGGAGAUUGGGUGAAUCUGCAAGUACCACUUUUUUUAAAUUUGGGAAUGCCAUUGCAUUGCAUGCCUCCAUACACCCUUUCCGCAGAGGUGAAAUCCAUCCCCUCACUAGGUAUGUGAUGAAUUACAUCAAGACCCUUACUGCAUACUGUGAUACUCUCAAUUUGCUUCUCAAUGACCAAGGUGUAGAUGAUCCGAAUCCUGUUCUUGAGACAGAUAAUGGGCAGGACAUUUGUACUUCUACUUUUAGUCCCAUGGGUUGCCACCUUAGGUCAAUUACAUCUACUCUAGAAUCGAAUCUUAUUUGCAAAUCCAAAUUAUACAAGGAUGGUUCUUUAGGGCAUAUUUUCUUAAUGAACAACAUCCAUUACAUGGUCCAGAAGGUCAAGGGCUCUGAACUCAGGCUUUUCUUUGGAGAUGAAUGGAUCAGAAAGCAUAAUGGGAAGUUUCAGCAGCAUGCAACAAGCUAUGAGAGAGCCACAUGGAGUGUUGUUGUUUCUUUGCUUAGAGAUGAUGGAAGGACUUCUCUGAAAGAAAGGUGCAGGAGAUUCAGUAAUGCUUUCGACGAUGUGUACAAAAUUCAGACACAGUGGCGUGUUCCAGAUCUUCAUCUCCGGGAAGAUUUGCAAAUUUCUACUUCACAGAAAGUAAUCCCAGCUUAUCGAGCUUUCCUUGGAAUGAACGACAAAAAUGGUAGCGACAAGUACAUCAAGUACACUUCUGAUGAUAUGGAGAAAAUGCUUUUGGAUCUUUUUGUAGGAUCACCAAGGUCAUUGCGCAAUUCACACAAGUGGUGAAGCCUCAAUGAUUUGAGUUUGGCUUUUCUUUUCUUUUUGUAACUUUCUUCCCGUGAUUAUACAUACCAUGAUUGUCUUAGAUGCAUAUGUAAAUUAUCACCUGCCCUGUCAAUGGUUCUCGAUCAAAUCUUGGUCGAGUUUUGUAUGCAACUUUCUUCAAAAUCAGGGGUCAUUCGUCA